AUGCUCGUCCUCGGCUCACUCGUAACAUCCGCUCCCGUCACCUCGAUGCAUGACGCUGGGAACCCUGUAGGGUAUCAUAUUGAUUCUGUCCUGCGAAAGAACGUAGCAGGCCCCGUCAAUGUCCCUGAUACCGAAACCAGGCUCGAAAAUGAAUCUGAAAGCAUGGAGAAUUAUAUGGAGACCGUCUUACUCGCACGUUUAGAUGAGAUUUCGAGAAUUAUCGAAGAGCUCCGUGGGGACAUGAUCAAUUCAGGGAGAAUAUCUACCUAUGAGGCAACGGCAAUAGACGACAUGAAGAGUCAGUUUCAACGGGUAUUUUUCACGGAGGCGCCUCAAGAUUAUGUCCAUGUGCAACCUCCGACAUCUACGAUGGUCAAUAUCGGAGCAAUCAUCUCCGCUGCCAUAAACGCGUGUCUCGCUCUCUUCGGCAGCAUGUCCGGAGGCAUCAUCGGCGCUUGGAUCCAAGCCUCCAUCCAGAGACGCACAGAGGCCGCCAUGAAGUUGGUCGAAGAGCGAGCCAAAGCAGUCGCGGAACAGGCGGCCAGUGCUGUCGCGCAGAGGGUCGAGAGCGCGGCGGAAGAGGUGAGAGAGACGGCGGUGAAGAUGAAGUCGGAGAUGGAGGGACGGAGGGCUGAGGAAGUAGAAGGAAUUGUGGAGGGUGCCGUGGAAGGGACGAUCAUUGGGUUGGCGAAGGGCGUGGAGGAAGCAAACCUCCACGCCAGUUCGAGCACCGAUAGCGGCACUCUAAUAGGUGACAGCACUCGGGCGAAGGACUGA